AAGGAGAGGAUGGAGAAGGAGAGGAUGGAGAAGGAGAGGACAGAGAAGUUGGCUCGAGAGAGGGCAGAAAAAGAGAGACAAGAGAUGGAGAGAUUGGCCAAAGAAAAGGCAGCCAAGGAGGAAAGGGAGCGACUGGAGCGAGAGAGGGCAGAGAAGGAAAAGAUGGAGAGAGAGCGCCUGGCCAGGGAAAAGGCAGAGAGGGAACAACGGGAGAAAGAAAGACUGGAAAGAGAGAGUGCUGAGAAGGAGAGGAUGGAGAGGGAGCGCAUCGCAAAAGAGAGGGAAAGAAUAGCCAGAGAGAAGGCAGAGAAGGAGAGGCUUGAGAAAGAAAGGAUGGCCAAAGAGAAAGCGGAGAAAGAAAGGCUGGAGAGGGAACGCAUCGCUCAGGAAAGAGAGCGAAUAGCCAGAGAGAAGGAGCGACAAGAGAGAGAACGACUGGCCAAAGAAAGAGCAGAAAAAGAAAGACUUGAGAAAGAGAGACUGGAGAGGGAACGUGUCGCUAAAGAGAGAGAACGAAUCGCAAGGGAGAAGGAGAAGAUGGAGCGAGAGAGGGCUGAAAAGGAACGACUGGCCAAAGAAAGAGCAGAGAAGGAGAGGCUGGAGAGAGAACGCAUCGCUAAGGAAAGAGAAAGAAUCGCCAGAGAGAAGGAGAGAGCAGAAAAGGAAAGACUGGAGAAAGAAAGACUAGCCAGAGAGAAGGAAAGGAUGGAGAGGGAACGCAUCGCCAGGGAACGAGCGAGAGCUGCUCAAGAGAAGGAGAGAUUAGAGAAAGCAGCUAAAGAGAAAGCAGAGCAAGAAAGGUUGGAGAAGGAAAGAGCAGCGAGACAGGAGAGAGAACGACUCGCAAAGGAAAGAGAGAGAAUCGCCCGGGAGAAGGAGAGAACGGAACAGGUGAGGGCAGAGAAGGAGAGAACGGAACAGGUGAGGGCAGAGAAGGAGAGGAUGGAGAAAGUGAAGGCAGCGAGGGAAAAGUUUGAGCGUGAACGGGCCGAGAAGGAGAAAGCAGCCCGUGAGAAGGAGCUGAUGGAGAGGCAGAGGCUCGCCAGAGACAAAGCUCUCCGGGACAAGAUGGAGGCGGAGAGGCUGGCGAGGGAGAGAGAACGCACCGCCGUGAAGGUGGAAGUGAAGAAACAAGAAGGUGUCGAGAGGAAAGCAAACGCCACGCAGCCGAAAGCUCCGGCAGCAGAGGAGAGACGAGUGUCAUCGGUCAGGAGAGAAGAGAAGACGGCUGACGGAGGAAAGAAGAAAUGACAGAGGCACAAAGUUACUCUGUCACUGAUGGUGCUGCACUGUGGUCGUCUUCAGUUCAAUACUCUGAAUCCUUUAACACAAGGCGACACGUUGUCCUGAGACCAGACUGGAUAUGGGAGAGAUGUUGAUAGGUUGUUCCUGUCCUAAGUGUAGAUGGUGAAGUUUCAUAUUGGCCAAGAUCAAUAAUUAUAAAUCAUGUUUAAAUAAAAAGAAAAAGUCAGAUUCAACAUGUUUGUUUUGAGUUCAGCCACUUUAUAAAGACUCACAGGUUAUAAUUACAUUAACACAACAAUGAAAAACACACUAUUGAAUAAAAAUACUGCCGUACCGACAAGCUGACCAACUACUUCCUCUCCAUCAGAACUCUUAUUCUCACUCUGCUGUCGACUGGUUGUGCUUUUUGUGUUUUUCUUGUGGUUGGUUUGUAAAAUACUUUAGAUUGUGGCUUGUGAGUUAUAGUUUCCUGAGUCAUCACAUGGACCACUUUGGCUGUUGUAGUGUCUCUGGGCUCGUAGGUGGAGCAAACGGGCCGGGUGGUGGAGCAGCGGCGGACAGAACCGGCCUGUCCGCUCCACCUAACAACAAUUAAAGUGAAGUGAUGUCAUUUUCUGAACCUACUGGACUGUUUUACUUGUUCUUAUAUUUGUCUUAUCCACAUCACUGAUGACAACCAUAAAUCACAUUGUGUUAAUAUUUUGUAAAAGUGCCAGUAGUCAUCCCUGUGAUACCGUCACUGAUCGAUAUCGAGAUCUUUGGUCAAAGAUAUCGUGACGUUUGAUGUCACAGUUUCAGGUUUCAGUGUCUUUGAGUUCUGACUUCACUUAAAACUUCUUCAGUGUGAAAACAAUGAAGGAACUGAAAGAUUCAGUUGUGAUUUCAUGUUGUUUUUGAGAUUUUCUUUCACUCAGAUUGUAUUUUUGUUGCUGCCUUGUUUUUGUUCCUUGUUCGCAGGAGGUUUUGGUGCCUUCACUGUUUGACCCGUUUGGCUCUGAUCUGCCCGAUGAGUUCAACUUGUUAAGUUUUAUUCUGAGCGUUGGUUAAACAUAAGUCAUUUAAUGCGUCUUGCUAGGAGAGAAUCUGGGUCAAUGGAUGAUGAGUGUCAGGGUGAUAGAGGUUAAAACUCAAGCUGGAACUAACUUUCAUUGUCAUUAUCGAUUAAUCCGUCUAUUCGUCUUGAUGACUGGAUUAGUUGUUUGGUCUAUGAAAUAUUAGUUUCCUCCUCAGAUGUCUUGUUUUGUUUACUGUCACAGAGGAAAGAAACCAGAAAAUAUUCAUAUUAACAAUCUGUGAACAGAGAAUUUAGACUUUUUUGGUGUUUUCCAUCCAUCCGUCCAUCCCAUUCUCAUGGAAAUUAUAUAUCCAGGAUGCCUCGAGGGAAUUUCUUCAAAUUGUAGAGUCGAGGAUGAACUGAGGAGAAUCUGGUGUUCAGAGGUUUCUGUGGCCUUUUCUUCUAACAUGAUAUCUCAGGAUCGCCUCUUUUAAUGUGUUUCACUUGAACUCAAUGAUGGACUGAUUAGAAUUUAGUGGUUAAAGAUUAUUAUGACCACAAUAAACACAUUUUUGGCCAUUAGUCAUGAUUUCAUACACAACUGUCUGCCCAGACAAAAUUAUCUUCUGGUCUUUUUCAGCGCCACAGAUCAGGAACUGAAACUUGACAUGUGCUUGUAGUCGCUCUUAAAAAAUGACUCAAUCAAAUCUCAUCCAUCGUUCUGUUUAAACGUCUCGUCAGCGUGGUGCAUUUUUCAGCUGAUUUGACUGCAGGACAGAAACUAGAGCGUUGGAUAUUUUAUUUAAUUAGUAACAGUUUCAAAGAUGGACGUCGAGUUUAUGUUUUGCUCUGUGUUCUGCGCCUUGAGCUCAGGGCUUCAGUCUCGCUGCACAUUCAGUCAACAGAAAUCAUUUUGCUUUUCCUUCAAAAUGUGAGAAAAUCUCUGAUGAAUAAAUCUUGGUUUUCAAGUCGAGAUGUUCCUGUCUUCCUUCAUGGUGUGUGGAGAAAUGCAGCGCUACAUGAAAACUCUUCUUCUAAAAUGUCUUGAAAGAGAGAAUGAGUAGUGAACAUCACAUCCUCCUCUUUCUAUUCAGCGCUAUCUUUCUCCACCACAGUUUCCUCCUCCGCUCGCUCUUGUCGGCUGUUGUUUCCUUUCCAGAAAACGUUAUCAGGCUUCUGUGACUGUCGACCUCCUCACUGCUGCUUGUGUCGGGUUUGUUCUCCUACAUAAUAAUAAAAUAAAUUGAUUGGAGCGCUGCUGUUUUCUUUGCGGCACUGUUGCACCCGACUGUAAACCACAAUCAGUUAUGAAUAUGUUCUGCAUGUUGUCAUUUUCCUGCUCAAACUGUUUUUGUCUCAUCGUCUUGAUAAAACCGACAGAUUGAGUUCUGACACAGUGAACAAAAUGUCCUCAGCAUCGUCAGAGUUUGGACACUCAGGUUUUAAAAGGACAUUUCAGUUGUGAUGUCGAGAUAAAGGGAAACAUCUCAUGAACGACCUCCUGCUUUGCUUUGGGAUUCUUUUAAAUCCUUCGUG